GGGGGUGGCUUUGAUGGUUGUUGACACGUCUCGUUCACCUACCCGGUGAGAUUAUGCCCGCACCACGUGGCUUCACUGGACGUUGCUGGAUCAAAAAUGCUCUGCCUACUCUCGGGCAGCGACCCGUUCGCCUACCCGCUUUCGAAUAUGUGACGGAUGGUGAAAUCACGACUACUAAGCACGCGAAUGUGAUCCUACGGCUUGGUGAGCUGGGGCUGGGCUCUUUUAGAUUGGGCGUGUGGAAGAUAUAUGCGACCUCUCCUCUCGGAGCCAGACACGUGGCGGUAUAAUGACCGGCUACGAGGGUCCCUAAAUGGACGGUGGAAGCCAAUUCGCGGAAACCCUUGUGACGGCGUUCUCCCUCCUCUUAUCCGGCGGUGUUCGAUCGAGUCAGUCUAGACGCUCGAGAUAAGGGCUUGGGGGGUGAGCCCUGAUGUCUUAUACGCAGUCCUGGCUCUUCCGAUUGUUGAUACUGGAAAGUCAUCUUAUGGCUGUGGUGGUGGUGGCCAAAUUGUGAACUUUUGGUGAUAAUUUGGAGAGAUUUGCUUUGCCAAGUGCUUUUAUAUUUGCGGUUACCAUUUCGCUGAUCGAUAUGAUUCGUCAGUGGAAGCUGGAUGUUUGAUAACGAUCAGGAGACUCCUUACCUUUCGAGGUCAGCUUGUGGCGUUUUGGCACUCCAGAGGAAGAACAAGGAGGGCCUUUUGUGGUGGCUGCUGCUGCUGCUGCUGCUGUGAUUCUGCAAAGAAAAUCGCUGUUGCUGUUGCCGUGUCUUUUUAGAUCUAUUGAUAAUUGGUUUGUUCGAUUAACGUGGUGCUUCAUUCUAGUUGCUGGCAAUAUGACAACAAUUGUGAUCUCGGGUUAAGAAGAAGCAUUAGCCACUAACUUCUCUGGUAGUCCUGCAUCUAAGUAAGGUGUAGAAUGGAGUUGAUGGCUGCCACCGUUCCAAUAGCUUUAUGGAGUUCUGUUCAAUGAUUGAAAAGCAUUUAAAUCUUUAAGUAGCCAAAUAGAGUCGAAGAUAUUAUAAAUCAGGACCAGUAAAGUGGUUAUUUCACCUUAAGAAGAACUUUGGUACAUCUUGAUCAUUGUGUGCAUCUGAUACUGCUUUGCUUCACUUGUACUUGGCAUCUUCUCAGCUUUGUCGAAGUUCUAUUACAGCUAUCAAUUGAGAUCUUUGGUGAUCAUGAUAUAAUUAUUUUUAGUAAACUUUGGAAUAAAAACUGGGACAUUUCAAUUUUAUUAUCGGUCAAUUGAAGACCUAGAUCUUUCAGGUUUCUAGUGUAAUUCAUGAUUUUUAAGAAUGCAGAACUAGUUACAAGUCUCAGUUAAGAGCCAUGUGAGCAAUAUAGGUUAUAAUUCUUUGCUCUCUAUAUAUAAAUUGUUCUUCAGAAUGAGUAAACAUCAGUUGUUGUUGCAUGCUAUGGAUAACUGAUAUGCGAUGACUGAUAUUUCAGAAGCAGAACAUCAACUCAUGCCUUUGUUAGAUAUGAAUAUGGACAGACAUCAUGGUGAACCACUGGUUGGUGCAGUUCGUACUUUAGAGAUUUGGAAUGAACUACAUAUGUUGUGAUGUCAAACUCAUGAAUUUUACUGAUUUCUUGGAGGAAAGCACCUUAAUGGAUGUUCUUGUGUUGAAAUGCAUAUUUCAUCUUGUGCAGUUAGGAGGUUUAGCAUUAAAACCAAAUAUGGGAUAAUAAAAUGAAUGCAUCAUAUGCAUCUUUAGUUGAGGAGCUUUGCUAGUAGCAGGCAAGUUUCCGGGUAAUGUAAGCAAGAAAUUCAUCCUGUGAGAGCCCUUUGAUAAAUCUUAGCUGAUGUUCAUUAGUAAACAGAAUAUGUCAUUAAAGAUUUGUGCACUGGAUGAAUACUAGAGUGGUCAUCGGUUCAUUCUUUUUAUCUGGACUGCCUUCCUUCUGUCGUUCUCAUUAUUGAACAGAUUGCUGGAUUUUUAUUUUGGAGUUGUCUUUUUGUCUUUCUCAUCAUAUUAUCAGCUUGUAAGGUUGCAACAAGAAUUAGUCAGUAGAUCUUACCUAAAGGAUGUCAAAGGUUACUUUUCAUUAUUGCCGCUAUUAUGAAUUUGGGACAUGGAAUAUUAUGGAUGGCUAGGCUAAUGGUCUGUUACCUCUUAGCAACUAUGUUUGAAUGGCUUGCUUACUUUUCAAGAUAUAUAACAGGGUAAAGGAAAGUCCCAGUGAGUUACAUGUUUCCCAUUGGAGAAAUUUUCCUUCAAAUACUAGUGCUGCUUCAACAUAUUUGGCAUAUGGACAUUCUCCUCAAAUGUUAGAAAUGAAAAAAAAAAUGAGUUCCUUGUAAACAGUAUUAUUAUGCAUUUCCUAUUCAAUUCCAUAUUGAUCUGAAAUCAAGAAUUCAUCUCAAAAGGUACCUUUGGAGUUCAAAGCUUUGUUAGACAGUCAAGGACUAACUUCCAAAGGCAUAUCCUAUUUGUCUGUGGCGGCAUCAUAUUUUUUCUUUUAGAAUAGCUAGUAUCUUAGUUUAUCCUUUUUUCUGGCCUCUAUUGUAAUAUCUUUUAAUCAAUUUACACUCCUAAAAUAUUUUGCCCAUUCCAAUUUAAUUUAGACUUUCAAUUUAAAUAAAACCCAGAAUCUUCAAGUUAAAUAAAAUCCAGAAUCUUCUUUUUCAUAACCUUCAACUUAUAUUCGUUUGUUUGUCCCGUUAGCACAUAUGAAUGGUCAAGUGGAUUUGACUGUAUUCCUUCCAGCUGAUCUUUGUUACCUAUUGUGACAUUAAAAGGUAAAUUGUGUUCUUUGGCUGUACUCAUGUUUGCUUCUGUUGGUCAUAUGAGCUUUGAUAUGAGAGAUGAAAUAGACUUCUAAAAUAGCUUAUGGUAGUAUUUAUGCUGGAUUUCACCUGUUAGAGAUUUUACAACUCUGAAUCAGAUAAUUGCUACUUCAUUAUUUUCUUUUUUGUACUUAUAUUUUCUUACAGCCUCAUUGAUGUCUUCUCAGGAGUGUGAACUUUAACGUGCCUUCUAUAAAUAGGAUCUUGCCUUCUGCCCGGUGCCAAAGAAAAUUUUUGUAGACUUGCCAGCCAUCACUUGAAGAGAUGUCAGAAUCAGACAAUAAUGAGUCUGGACCUAAUCUUGCAUUCCAAAAUUCUAGUGACUCUAUUUUUGGCAUGCCUAUCAAGAAAAGGCAGUUUCAUUUAUCUCAGUGCCCAUCUCCUAGAUCUCAGGAAACAGAUGUGUCUCCACAAGAUUGUGGGAUAUCAAUUAGUUCUACUGAACACAUUUUACAUACUGAUAUUAUGCCAAUUCCUGGAAGUUUCAGCCGAGCUAGUUCCCAGGAAUUUGCAUUAAAAGAUGCUAGAUCCUCUGGUCAGGGAACUAGUACUGCAGGCUUAACCAUGGGUCACAAGUCUUUUGGAUUGUCAAUUAUGGAUACCAGCAAAAACAUGUCAACUCCAAACAGACCACCUGGGCUGCCUGUAGGUGAGAUGGAUGUUGAAGAGAGAAUUUCUAGUGUUAGGCCUACAUACCCAGCAAAUUCAGAGUUACGAUUGACAUUAUCAUCGGAUGCAAAAAAUUAUGGUUACAACUUGGUUCAGCAAGGCAUAACUGAAACAUGUUCAUCAGAUCUGCCUCUUGAUCCUCUGAUAACAGUUAGUGAAACUGAUGCCAAGACUGGCUCUUUUAAUGUGGUGAACCGGUUUAAUUUGGAUCUAAAUAUUCCAGUUGACACAUGGGAUGCUACUGUCGGUGAGUCUGUUAUUGAACAUAGCAUGCAUGAAAUGUUGAAUGGCAUUGAGGCAUGCUCUGAACAAACAAUUCGGGCUGAUGUCACAUCAGGUAAGUCUAUUAUUGGGAGAAGUCACUAUGACCAUUGGUUGUCUAAUUUGGGGAAGACUGAUGAGAGGCAUAAGGUGUCUGGGCUUGGCUUAGAUUUGCAGCUUAAACCACCCAGCAGACCGGAAUCAUGUAUCAAAUGGGGAGAUGUUGCUCCUGAUUUAAGCUUGUCCUUGGAAAGAAAUGUGUCAAAUGCUUCAUUCAAAGUUAUAAAGCCUGAACCACACAUAGACAAUAGUCAAAAUGACUGUGUUAAUGCUUAUCUGAGUGGAUCAAAUCUUGCACUUUCUAUGUCUGUAAAACCUCAACUAUGUAGUGGACAUUUUCAGGAUGGAAGUGCCAAAGUAACUUGUUCUGGUGACGAGAAACAAGCAGUCAGAAGGGUGAUGAAGAUGGAGCUAUCUGAACAGUUAUCCGAUGAGUACUUUAGUAGACCUGCUGUUAGGGCAGUCAGCAUGGAGUUUCACAACAAUAAGCCAACACAUCAGCAUAUAGAGAUUCCAUUGAGCAUGACUGAACCCAUGGAUUCGAAUUCUGUCACUGCUUCUGAUGAAAACGUUCUUGAUGUUGAUGGCUCAGUGAUGAUUGUUAAUACAGACAUCAAUACUAGUCCUGUGGCCUCGCCUUCUAUUGUGAAUCCAUCUUCCGAAGAAUGUUGUAAAUUUGAAGAUACACUUGAUAGCACUUGUAGUCUUGAGAAGGCAGAAGUAAGUGCUUCAAAGGCAGCAGAUUUGGAUGUAGAUUCCCUCAGUUCGGAUGUUAAAGAGAAGUUCAAAGGCGCUGUAACUUCGGAAGAUACUUGCUUGGGUUCUAACUCGUUUUAUGAAUAUGUAGUACCUGUGGCACUUAAUGGUACAUCUGAAGGUAUUGUAUCCUCAGAUGAUGAGUACUGCAAAUCAUUGAAAUCAAUUGCAGAAAAUAACCUUCGUUUGGAUUCCAUGGGAAAGGGUACAAGAGGUGAGGAAAAACAGGAAAGUGUAGACUUAUUUUCUAAGAUUCAGGAACUUUAUGAUGACAAGCAAGUCCCAUAUGAUAGUCCUCAUGGUCCCAGUGUUGCUAGAGAUAAAGCUCUUACACAUGGAGCUGGUGUUGGUGAAUACAAAGAUGGCAAACAUGGGGAUCUUGUCCCUCAUGAGCCAAUUGAGGCUUCCUGUGAGGAACGAGAAAAGGCAGAUAACGAGAUAGCCUCCGAUACAACUGCUGCAGUGGAUGUUUCUGUCAAUAUGUUAUCAAAUUUGGAAGUUAAUGGAAAACAGAUACAAAUUUUGGAUGUAGUUGCUGAUGCAAUUGGUGCAGUGGAUGUUGCUGCCAAUAUGCCACCAAAUUUGAAAGUUAAUAAUGAACAGAUGAAAAUUUUGGAUGUACAGAUUGGUCAUCAUGGUGAAGCUUUUGAUGGCAAUUUGUGCAAUUAUAAAAAUAAGACAGGCUCUAGUUUAACAACAGAUUUGCUUGAGUCAUCAGGAGUGAGGGUGCCAAUGACUUCAAGUAGUACAAGACUUGCAAAACUUUUACAGCAAGCUAAUAGGAAGGAAAGAGGCCCACCCAUGAAGCCGAGGCGCACUAGAUUACUUAGCUCAAAAGUUGUGAAAACUUGCGAGGAUGAUGUAAGCAGCCAACAGGUGAAUGCUAAAGAGGAAAGAAGCCCACCCAUGAAGUUGAGGCCCGUUGGAUCACUUAGCUCAAAAUUUGUGAAAACUUGCGAGGAUGAUGUAAGUAGCCAACAGGUGAAUGCCAAAGAGGUGGAAAGUGGCCCACCCAUGAAGUCGAGGCCCGUUGGAACACGUAGCUCAAAAUUUGUGAAAAUUUGCAAGGAUGAUGUAAGUAGCCAACAGGUGAAUGCUAAAGAGGAUGAUAUCCCUGUAAAAAAUCCAGUGACAUUAGAGAGUGAUUCAGAUGCCAGUGGUGUUGCAGAUAAGCAUGUUGAUAAUAGUGGUAAAUGUAGUCAGAUUAGGAAGGUAAAUUCACCGGGUAUCAACAAGUUAUCUUCUGGAAAAAUGAACUCAAUUACAGCUAGACUUGUUUUUUCACAAACUGAGAGGAAAGGGUUGAUUGAUAAACCACACAGACAUGAAGGGUCACACACUCGAGGUGGCAGGAGUGAAAGAUAUGACAAUAGGUCUUUUAGAUAUGGAAGCAAUGAUCAAGAUCAACCGGUUCAAAAACGUGGUAUGGAUUUGAUGAACACCAGAAGGGAUGGUCAUAAUGUGAGUGCAUGUGCCCGAGACUCUGGCCGUCAAUAUGCACCAAAAGUUAAUGACUCUAAAGGUUACAGAUUCACAAGGCCUAGUAAUAGACACGAGGUUCCCUUGAGAACUGCUGCAGAUGGUUCUACUGGGAGUGAUGGUCGGAUCAUCAGAAGGUUUAUGAAUAAUGAAUCACCACAUUUAUCUCAUUUUUCAUAUAGUAGGCAUUCUCUUGGGGCACAUGAUGGACCAUCAAUUGCUGUUAGGAUUUCCAGAGGAGUCUAUCAGGAAGAUAGCUCCAAUACGUUCACCGGUAGGCAUGUCCCAACCAUUCUACCAGAUCAUGAGAAGAUGGUGAGAGGCUUGCCAAAUGAAGUGAUAGACCCCUUUUUUAAUUCAGACCGAUAUGUGCAAUAUGAACAAGCUGAUAAUUACCCCUCGUUGAGAGAAAGAAACCUUUCACCUUCUGGGAGGAGGGGUCCUCCCAAAUGUCUACCUCGAGCACGCUCUCCUUAUCAGUUUUCUCCACCUAGGUCGCCUGGUAUAGUUUAUGAGGGACAUGCGGAGCUAUUGCGACACAGGUCACCACCACUGAGAUCACCUCCUCGACAUCUUUGCUUACCUGAACAUGCAAUGGUCAGAAAUGGUUUGCCACCUUAUUCUCACUUAGCUAGUGACAUGAGAGAAAUGCAUCCCAUGAGGGAAGUGGAUUUGUCAAGGCCUGUUAGGGGUUCUCAAAGGAACAUCAGGAGGUUUAAUUUGUGUGUUCAACAAGAGAAUGCAGAGGACUAUGGGUCUAUGCACUUUGCUCAACAAACUCUCCACGCAGAAGAUGAGCUGGUUCAUAGGAGGAAGUAUGAUGGCAAACGUGCUUAUCUUCAGUCUUGUGGGAAUCACCAUCCUGUUGGUGACAGUGGAGAGGAGCCUAUUACUUAUCCAGUCGAUGGUGAUCCUCCUAGACCUAUAAGGUUUUGUCCUGACAGAGAAGGUUUCUCUGAUAGAAGCAGCUUAAGGGGCCCUGUCAUGCGAAGCACUUCAAACACAUCAAGAAGAAUGGCAGAACGAGAAGAUUUCAGAAACCGUGGCCUGCCAGCAAGGCGUGACAGUGAUUUCAAUGAUAUUCGGCUAAAGAGGAGAAGAGUUUGACUAUGAGAUGUGUCAUUUUAGGUGAUUGCUUAUGGCCCUUUAGUAGCAAAUCCUGCUGUACAUUUUGAGAACCAAAUUGACAUGAACAGUUCUUGCCACAAGAUUUGUGGGACUCUUAAGAACCACCAAUGGCUGGGCUUGACAAGUUUUGCUAUGAAUUAUACCAUAUAGAGUAAUGGUUAAGCCAGAUGAUGAGGUUGAAAACAUCUCGAGUGACAGAUGUUCUAAUUGUCAGGCAUGUUUGAGUUAUUUGUCUUUUGGACAUUUACGGUAUUGAGACA